UGUUAAUGCAGAUGGUUUAAUUACUACUAGUCUGGGAGGAAAAUCGGUGAAGAAAAUGGAAUUUGGUGGAAGAAGAAGAAGAAGAAGAAUAUGAUGAAAGAAAAAAUAAAAAAGAGAAAUAUGGUUGCAAUUUCACUAUACAGAGGUAAUCUUCACCGUUCACCAGAUGUUCCUCGUCGAUGGUUAAUGCCAAACCCUAAAAUCUCUCUUAAAGAUUUCAAAUCUCUUUUAGCUCGUCGUUCAAAAGCACUUUCUUCUACAACUUCCUCCACCAACCCUAACCCUAACCCUAACGUUCUCGAUGAUGCUCCAUCCUCUGUAAACGAUAAUCAACAAUUACAAUUACAGAUUUCUAAUCAACCGGAAUUGCUUCAUGGAUCCGAUUCGUUAACCGUUGAUGAUGCUUUGGAGAUACCUUCUAAUCAACCUCUUCCUCCUCCUGCUGCUCAUGCUGCAACUCACAUGGAAAAUCAGCCUCUCACUAUUACUGGAAAUGAUGUAGAUCUUGACGAUAAAGAGAAAAGGAAAAAGGAAGUUGGGGACAAGUUACAAGUUUUGAAUGCCAAGAAACAUAAUCUGGUGUUAGUGUUGAAGCAGAUUCUAAAUGCAGAGGAGGAAUUGAAGAGACGGAACAGUGUGCAACAGCAAGCACAAGGCCCUUCUGUUCCACUUAAAGCUGAUGGAACCAAUGAUACCAGUUCAGUUUCAAGGUAUAUGGCUCCGAGGAUCGGGUCUGAAGGAAAUCUUGUUGGUGAAGUGGAUGGUGGUGAAGCUGAUGAUUUUACUAAUCAUAAUAUGCAGCAUUCUCAUCUUGUACUUCGGACCAGUAGCAUGUCUCCUUCUUCAGAGUCCCCUCUUAGGAGGACCCCUAGUGGUCAACAGAACAUGGUUUCAAACCCUGCUCGGGGAAGUUUCACGGCUACUGGUAGUCCAUCACGCUUUGCUCAUUCAGGACAGCAGGGAAAUCCAAUGAACCUACCUUCUGUAUCUGUGUCAGGAACUAGUUACAUUGCAUCAUCCCCUUCCCCAGCGGCAUCUGGUGGCACUUCUGUUUUUAGAGAUGCGCGGCACCCGAGUCCAUGGAAGUAGAAAUCCUUUUCUUCCUCGUACCAAUGUGAAUGUGUUAAAGUUGUUGAUCUCUGUACUCUUGUUUCUGUAUAUAAUUCUCAGAACAAGCUAUGCUACCUGUCUCCAUGUACUCAAAAUUCUGUGUAUUUUGUUCUUAGUGUCCCCAGAUUGAGAUGGUCUAGUUUGAUACAAUAAUGCCAAAUUAUUUUUUGUCUA